AAUGUGAAUGAUAUCAAUUGCAAUGUACAUAUGACUUGCACAAACAGUAUGUACUUAGAUUAGUUGUGUAAAUAUAAAAGAUAAUGAUACCAGUAUGGUAUAAAUAAGAAUGCCUGACUGAAGCUCUCAUGAGUUAGUUCAUUAAUUGCUGCGCGUAAAUAAUGAUGGCACAACCAACUGUGAAGUUUAAUAACGGCAACUCGUGCCCCGCUCUAGGCUUGGGCACUUGGAAGUCAAAGCCUAGCGAAGUAACCCAAGCAGUGAAGGAUGCUAUCGAUGUCGGGUACAGGCACUUUGAUUGCGCAAGAGUUUAUCAAAAUGAAAAGGAAGUCGGUGAGGCGAUUGCUGCGAAAAUCAAGGAAGGUGUCAUUAAACGAGAAGACAUAUUCGUCACAAGCAAAUUAUGGAACACGGACCAUCAGCCUGAUCGGGUCGAACCUGCAUUGAAGAAAACUCUGAGCGAUCUUGGCCUUCAAUAUCUCGAUCUUUACUUAAUGCAUUCGCCAAUGGGUUUCAAAGCUGGUGAUGAGUUUUUUCCCCAAGAUGCUGAGGGCAAUCUAAUAGCGGAUGAUACCGAUUAUAUCGAUACUUGGCACGCUAUGGAAAAACUCAUAAAGCAAGGUUUAGUGAAGAAUAUCGGAGUGAGCAAUUUCGAUAUUAAGCAAGUAGAACGAUUGCUUGCUAAUAGCACGAUAAAACCAGUUACGAAUCAAGUUGAAUGUCAUCCGUACUUCGACCAGAAGAAAUUAUCCGAGUUUUGCAAUUCGAAAGGAAUUACAAUCACUGCUUACAGUCCGUUUGCAGCUCCUGACAGACCUUUCGCGGAAGCUAACGAACCCUUGGUGUUAGAGGAUGCGAAAUUAAAAGAAAUAGCUGGCAAGUAUAAAAAGAGUGCCGCGCAAGUAGCAUUGCGUUAUCAGAUACAACGUGGACAUAUAGUGAUUCCUAAAUCGGUAACAAAGUCGAGGAUUCAAGAAAACUUUAAUAUAUUCGACUUUGAAUUAAGCCCUGAAGAUGUGGAUGCGAUAAAUAAGUUGAACCGUAAUAGAAUAGUUUGUUUCAAACCUGACAGGUUCAAAGGCCAUAAAUACUUCCCCAUUAUGCUAGAUAUGUAAUUAUUUAUAAAAGAUGUUUGAGAAAAAUACAAUAAAUUGUCUUUAAGUA